AUGGGAAAGACUUGCGUCAUCGUGCGGUGGCCGAGGGGCUACCAGCUGCGUUGUGGGAAUCAACCGAAGACACUAAAGGAAGCUGAGAAGUUGAAAGGACUAGAAGGUGGCUGGAUCUGGUCCUGUAUGUUCAGUGCUGUGCUGCUUAGCCGGGGGUCAGCCCGGAUGCUCUCCGUUCUGGCUGCUGCCCUGUUUAAGGGGAAGAAGUCUCCGGUCUAUGAUGAGCGGCUCUUGGACUAUUUGUUGUUUCAGAAGGAAACGCAUCCUUAUUACAGUCUCUCAGUGAAGAUUCUCAGAGCGAGGAACAUCCACGGCCUGGAUCUUCUGUCCAAGGCAAACUGCUACGUGGCAGUGGAUCUUCCAACCGCAUCUCCGGUCACUUCUCGAACGCAGGUUGUUUAUAACUGCAGUGAUCCGGAAUGGAAUGAAACUUUCAAGUAUAAGAUCCACAGUGCUGUGAAGAAAAUUGUGGAGUUCACAUUCUAUGACGCAAACGUUGUGCUGAGAAGUUAUGCUGCCUCCAUUGCUUUUGAUGUGGCAAAUAUUACACCAGGCCAGACUUUUAAUCACACAUUUGUGCUCAGUCACCAGGGAAAGGAGAAGAAUGAAGAGUUGGAUGUGGAAUUUUUCUUGGGAGAAAGCACAGAUCCCCCCACUGAGGUCAUCACCAAUGGUGUUUUGGUGGCUCACCCUUGUCUGCGUGUCCAAGGCACUGUGGAUAAAAGUGAGAAAAGCCGGUGGUUAACACAGGAGAAUUGUCAGGUCCACCUCUCCUUGCCUGGGUCCUUUGAGCGCUGGUCGUCCACCUCCUGCAGUGCUGAGUCGGAGCAGAAAAGGAAGAUCCCUUUUGUUUUCCACGUGGACCAAGAAAUCCACCCAAAGCUGCUCUUGGAUCUGCUGCAAACUACGCCUGUUAGAGAGGAAGGAUGGAGUGAAGACCUGAAAAUGCACACUGAGCAUUUAGGAAUGGCAUCCAUACCUGUUUCGACACUUCCUCGUGGGCAGGAACUAGAGUUUAGUGUUCUGGUAGGAAAGGGACAAAGUGUGGAUAUGACUUUGAAGGUUGAAGAAUGUUCUGAGGAUCUUGAUGUACGCCUUGGUUUUAACCUCUCCAGAGGAGAACAACAAUUUUUGCUCAGAAGGAAAGAAAAAUCUUCUAAAGCACUAAAGAAGGUACUGAAGUUGUCAAAAGCACCUUUGAAAAAUGAGGUCCCUACAGUGGCGGUUGUGAGUUCAGGAGGUGGGGUGAGAGCCAUGACUGCUUUCUAUGGCAACCUGUUAGGACUCCAACAGCUUUUUCUGUUAGAUACCUUGACAUAUUUGUGUGGCAUUUCAGGAUCUACUUGGUGCUUGUGUGGACUCUACGAAGAUUCUCACUGGUCCCACAAAGAUCUGCAGGAGGCAAUUAGCAGCGCUCGGCAAUUUGUGACCAGCAGCAAAGCGAAAGCAUUUUCUGCAGAACAACUGGUGUAUUAUUUCCAGCAGUUAUGGUUGUUAGAGAAGGAAGGAUGGAAUGUCACCCUGACAGAUUUGUGGGGUCUCAUAAUAGAAUAUUUUUUACAUCAAAAGGAGAACCCACGGAGGCUGUCUGACCAGCAGGCAGCUAUGAGGUGGGGACAGAACCCCUACCCCAUCUACGCGGCUAUCAACGUGAGGCCCAAGGCUGAUAGCAGCGUGUUUGCAGAAUGGUGUGAGUUCAUACCCUAUGAGUUUGGUAUUCACAAAUAUGGAGCUUUUAUCCGCACAGAAGACUUUGGCAGUAAAUUCUUUAUGGGGCUGCUACGUGAGAGGCAUCCAGAACCCAGGGUUUCCUUUUUGCAAGGAGUAUGGUCAAGUGCAUUUGCUACAAACCUAGAGGAAAUUUGGAAAGAGGUGGUUUCAUCAAAAGUGGGCUUUCUGGAAUCUCUGAAAGCUGCCAUAAAAAGCUCACGUGAGACUUGGGGACAUCAAUAUCCAGAUACUUCCAACUUUGAGACUCGGAUGGUUAUGCCAGAAGGAGCUAUUUCAAGUUUAUUUCAAGAUUUCUCUAAGUAUCGCUUUUUCUCUGGACAAAAUGUGAACUAUAUGCGUGGACUAUACCUUCAUAAGGACUACUUGAAAGCCAAGGAGUUUGUGGCUUGGAAGGGUACUCAACUGGAUGCACUCCCCAACCAUUUAACACCUAUGGAGGAUAACCUGUAUCUGAUAGAUGGGAGUUUUUCUAUCAAUUCUCCUUUUCCUUUGGUGCUUCAUCAAGAAAGAGAUGUAGAUGUUAUCCUGUCUUUCAACUACUCUUGGGAAGCCCCAUUUGAGGGGUAGUACGUAAGACAGAAGAAGAGAAAUCAUCUGGAAAAUUUGCUGUUGAUGGGAAAACAUCUCCUUAUUAUACUAUGAAUUUCACUUAUCAACCUGCUGAAUUUGAUCAGCUGCUGGAGCUGUGUCGCUACAACAUUGUGAACAAUAAGGAUGCAAUUUUUAAAGCUCUUGCUUUGGGAAUGAAAAGAAGAGCACAAAAGAGCAAAGGGGAAUAAGGGUCUUUUGAUUGUACUGUGAAUGGUUGUAGGGUGUUGAGUGAAUGGCAUCAGGCAGGAAUAUUUGAUGCUAAAAGGAUCUGAAAGUAGCUGGCAGUUUUGCUCUGUAGUUUCUCAAAUGCAGGAUCUGUUAGUAGAUUACAGGAACUAGGUGGUUCUUGAUGAAGUGUAUGAACUAAACUUAAAUAAUGACAUGAAAAUGUCUGUGUGGAUGUCCGAUUUACUAAACUUUUGUGCAAUAUAUGAACAAAUGAGAUUAAAGCAGUGAUGGUUUUUAGUCAUUCAGCUGCACAUAGAUAUAAACAAAUCUCUAGUGUUCCAGUUGCAUGAAGCAGUUAGUUUUUCUCUCUAUGAAAUAGUGUUAAGGUGGCAUCAAGAUGUGCUAGGAUAGGUGAUAAAGGGGUAUAUAUACUCGGACAAGACAGGUUUGUGUUUUCUUUAGGGCUCUGUGUAGUUUAAUUUUGGAGGCUUUUUUUUGUUAAAUAUCUAAUAGGAUAUUAGUUGGAAAAAAAAGUUUUUUUUGGUGGGAUCCUCAUUGCUUUUAUUAUACCCACUCACUAGGUAAAUAGGUGAAGUUAAUACAAGUCUGUUAACAUGUGCUGAAACUAUGCACCAUUUUGCCAUGCUACUUUGCCAUGCCACAUCUUAAAAAAUUGUAUGGUAGCUGAAGACCUUGUAUUCACCACCCUGAAAAGUGGCUCUCUCUGUGAUUUUGAAAAAGACCAAAACCACCUCAUUUCGAUUGGAGUGCUUUUUAGUACAUUUUUCUUUUAUAAAAAUAAAAUAGAUUAUGAAGAGGAAUACAAGGAUUUUUUCUGGUUCUUUGAUGCUUUAAGACGUUUUUUUGAGGAAGAGUGUACAUAGCAGAAAUGGUGAAAACUGGGCAGAAAGUGCUGUCAGAAACACUGCAUAAGCAAACUGAAAAAUGUUUUGUUGUUAGUUUUGUUCUAGCUUAGUGGUUCUUGGCGUUAUUUGUAACUAAAGCAGGUGCGGUUUUUUUUGGGUCAACCCUCCACAUGAGAAACAGCAAAAGAUCUGUCUUUACUUCAGGGCCAGAGAGAGGUUAGGAAAUAGAAUAAGAGGAAGUCUGUGCUGUGAAGAGCAAGUGAUGGCUUGAAAUAGGAAGAAGAAAAGCAGAUGGACGCAAAUCUGCCACUUGUGCUCUGGCAGUAGUGCCUAGACUUGCUAACAUGCAAAACUGAGGCCUGAUGUUUCCAUCUGCAUAUGACCUUCAAAGGCUGGUCAGAGCUGUCUGAAUGAUGAGCCCUAUGUGUAUGAGCCUGUCAGUGCUAGAACAGCACUUUUUAAUCUUCCAUUCGGUUAUCAAAAAACGUAAGAUUAACUAAAUCUCUGCUACUGAAGACCUGAGCAAGUGUUAGGCAAUCAAGGGCUUCAGUUCAUUAAUGAGAUCUCUGCAAAUGGCAGUGCUGCCUGGCUUUAUUAUGUUUCAUCAGUGCUUAGGUUCCUGUAAAGCUCAUUCUGGUUAAAACUUCACUCCAUGGAGGACAAUUCUUACAUUUUUAAAAAAGUGAAUAAGAAAGUGAAUAAAAAUGAUACACGCGAUUAUAUUACACUCAGCUACUUGUGAAAAUCAUUUUUUUUUUUUUCUUUCUGCAGUUUGGAUCAUCCUCAAACUCUCAUCACAAAUGGUGUGCUUGUGGUAAAGGUAGCCUUAUGGAUUGAUAUCUUCCCUAUUUCCUCUUUCUUGAAAGAUGCAGAAGAAGGUGAAUCUAGAGGAGAUGACUCUGAAGAAGCGAUUUCUGUGUGAAAUGACAGACUUCAGUCGUUCAGGUGUCAGGAUCUAGUCUUGUUCUUAGGGAAGACAUUUCCACUGGUACUAAUACUGAACGGCUUACUCCAUCCAGUUUAUUACUUAUGUUUUUUCAAAAUGUGCAGCAUUUUGAUUUUGUAGUUUAUCUUCUCAGUGAUACAACUUUAAUGAGCCCAUGGAGUAGCAUAUGGUCCCAACAGCUACCAGAGUGAAACUUAGAAUGAAAGAGACUAGGGAGUAAAAUGAGAUACAUGGUGGCUCAAGUAUGUUAGAAAUAUGUUAGAAAUAGUCCUAAGUUUUAAGGAAUGCAGUAGGCUCAUCAUUCAAAUUCCUCAAGCCCAAAGGUUUUCCCCAAGCUGUUCUAUCCAAAUGAAUAACACUAUCUCCUUAGCUUUCAGUCUGUUUGUUUUUUUAACUGUUUUUGACAAUCCCAUCAGUUUUCCUGUUUAGAAGUCUGUGCAACCAAGGGGGGGAAGAGUGUGAAUUGUUUAAAAGGUGAAUGUAUCUGUAGAUUGAUGUCAUUGCAAAAUCACAUUCUGUUAGGAAAGAAAGGGAUUUUUUUUUCCCUCCCAACUAUGUAGAGGACAAUUUCCAAAUAGCACUUAGGGUGAUAAUAAAAUGUGUAUAUAAACUCC